AUGGUUACAUGUGCUGAUUUCUUUACAUUAUCUAUCUGUCUUCUUAUCUGUUUCUAUCUAUCUAUCUAUGUCUUCUUGGCUGCUCCUAUCUAUCUAUCUAUCUAUCUAUCUCUUCUUGUCUGUUCCUAUCUAUCUAUCUAUCUAAGCCUACAUUAUCUAUUUAAUCUUUACAUUAUCUAUCUAUCUAUCUAUCUCAGUCUUCUUGUCUGUUCAUAUCUAUCUAUCUAUCUAAGUCUACAUUAUCUAUUUAAGUCACUACAUUAUCUAUCUACAUUAUUUAUCUAUCUAUAUCUAAGUCUCUACAUAAUCUAUCUAUAUCUAAGUCACUACAUUAUCUAUCUAUCUAUCUAUCUAUCUAUCUAUCUAUCUAUCUAUCUAUCAAUCUUCCCCUCACACCCCACCUCGUCUGUCUUUCUCCUCUCUACCGUGUCAGUCUGUUUUCUAUCCACUUUCAUUCCGGCAAGCCAACUCCUAGUAAAGGAAACAGGUACUCUCUCUCUUUCUUUCUUUCUUUCCUUCCCACAAGAACCGAGACAUCUAAAACUGCGCACGCUUGACUCUCUCUUUUUUUUGGAAACUAUACAAACUAGACCUUCUGCACCCCGACAUCCUUCUUCCUUUGCGAAGGAAACUGGUUAUAAAGUUACUGAUCCUUUGAGCGGUCAUUUUUUUUUUCUUCUUUAA